GCGGCUCAUUCGUCUGCUUUUUGGCCCUGUACACAGCAGCCGCAAGAUCAAUGGCACAGAGAAGCGAGUUCUAGAAGUCUUUGCUGCACUACUGCGACGCACGCUGUCUUCUAGCACCGCGCGCCCUGCGCCAACAACGAAACGAAUCGAGGCAGGCGCCGCCGCAGCGAAAACAAAGCGAUGGCGCGCGCAACCGAAGCCCUGAGCGCCCUCGUCGAGGGCUUCUCGUCGUUUAGCCUCUUCCCGCCCUUCGGACCUAGAGCAUUGGCGCGGUCCGGCGCGACCGCGCUACGCACAAGGCAAGUCGUGCAGUGGGGAAGGGUGGUUAUUGCGGCCGUGCUAGGCCGGCGGAGCGGGAGAAUAGUGCGUGCAUUCAGUGAACGAUGCGCCCUGCCCGAGAUGCCGCUGAGCCUCAAGCUCACACUACUCAUAGCGGCGCACGCGGCUUUGGGGAACGUGCGGUCCGGGCGGACCAUGUAUUUUUGGAGGUUUGUCGCCGGUUGUGUCGCGGCCUUUGGGUGGGCGCCGCCGCGGCACGACGCGCGUUCGAGGAGGAGCGACGCGUGGUCGAUAGCGGGCCGAGCGUGCGGCGCCUCUAUACCAUUAUUAGGGUUGGCCGCGCGGAGCUUCUGGCGGCGUGUAUUGCGGGGGCUGCUCGCCGCCGUUUCUACACAAAGACCGCUGCCGAAGUCCCCCGACGUUAGAGUGGUGUGGUACGCGGUCGUCCAGGCUUGUCUGAGGCAUAAAGUGCGGACGCUGGAGGUCUUGCUUGGUAUUGUACUUGUAUCCUACCUGCUCACGAAGGCGCCUCGUAUCAGACGGCAAGCAUCCCUACCCAUUGUGCGAGCGGCGAGUACCCCCGUCAAGAGAAGAGGUACUGACGAGCCGCCCGUGCCCCGCUUAUAUCUACAGUCCUGCGACAACGACCGGGCCAAAGCCACGGAACGGUGGCGCGCCACCCAACAAUGGCGAAGGGAAAGGAACGUCGAUAGUAUUGCUAUCAGUCAACAACCGAAGUACCACGACAUCAAGCGCGUCUACCCGCACUAUUUACACGGCAAGACGAGGGACGGGGCCAUCUUCAUGUGGGAGCGCGUCGGGCGGCUCGAUACGUCGGCGCUGAAGAGCGGUCGCGUGACGACGGACGAGGCUUUUAGACAUUUUAUCUUCGUCCACGAGUACAUGGCUCGAAAAUAUGAUGGGGAAGAAACGCGCAUGGUCACGGUCUUAGAUAUCGAAGGGUUGCGGUUCAGCGAGGUCAACAAAUUCCUCCUGAACCUCAUCUCGACCGCGUCGGACGUCCUGAACAACUUGGCACCGUUCCGCGUGCGCAAGAUCAUCGUGGUCAACGCGCCGUCGUGGAUCGGCGCGGCCUGGCCCGCCGUGCGGCGUGUCUUACCGCGAGACGUGAGAGACCGCGUCACGAUCGUCGGAAGCGACUACCCUUCCACUUUGUCAGAAGUGGCUACCUCAGAGCAGUUACCGGCCGAUUAUGGUGGUAGUGGACCGCCUCUAGGUGAAGCCGAUUCAGAGUUAGAUAUGCUCGACGCCGUCUGUGUCUUGAACGCCGGCGGCUCGGUAGACUUCCUCGACGAAACUAAAACGGUGGAAGCAUUCGAGGAAGAAGUCACACCACCACCUCCAGAAAUACAGCCUGAUACGCCGUGGUACGCGAAGUUAUUGGGGCGGACGUCGUCGGCGAAAAUCGCCCAUCUGGGUAAUACGGAGGGAGAGUUCUACUACUGCGAGCAACGAAAAAGGUGGGUCCUGGAGGGUGACGAAGAUGAACAACCGGGCACGCCCGGUCGAAGUGUGUCAGAGGACGACGUCGUGCUGGCGAUCCAGGCCGCGACGCUGCGCCGGUCGCUGUCGACGUCCGAGAACUUGGGCAGCCUCGCGCAGCGGACGCAGGACGAUUUGAGGAGGACGCUGCCGAAUCAUUUUUCCGCGCCGGCGCGGGCCGUGCGCGACGCGUCGCCUGAACCGCCGUCGGAGGCCGACCCCUUGCUGAGCUUCGUCCUGGGAUUAAAUCUCGCGUCGGUCUGCGCCGCGAAUUCUUUCUUGGUGGUCGCGGCGCCGUGCUGGGCGCUCGCGCCGGCGUCGCAGGGUGGGGUGGGGUUGCGCACGGCCGACGCGUCCUGCGUGGUUGUUGUCGCUUGUGUGCUCGUGCUCGUGUUGAGAAUAAGGGCGCCCGAAGCGCUCGCAAAAAUGCCGCGGCGAGCACCAUUAAGGGGCGUGCGCGUCGCGGGCGCGGCGGGCUGCCUCGCGACGCUCGCGGCGCCGGCGCUCCUCGCGGCGGCGCGGCAGGAAGGGUUAUUGCCGCGCGACUCGAUCGCGGCGAAGGCCUGCGUCGCUGUGGUGGCGGCGGCAUGGCUCGUGACGGGCCGGUUGGGCCGCGACGCCGCGGCGGCGGCGGCCGGCGCGGCGCGGGGCGGCCGCGUCCGGGCCGUGGCCGCGCUCUCGGACGCGGGCGACGUCGCCGGCGCGGUCGCCGCGUCGCUUUUGUCCACGGCGGCGGCGCCGCAGCGCGGCUUGUAUCUCGCCGCUUUAGGUUAUGCCGUGGUCUACGGCGUCUCGCUGGCCGUGUACCGGCGCGUCCUCGGCGACGUGUCCGACGACUCGGGCUCUGCGCCGUGCUCCAUUUUCCUCGAGCUGCCCGCGCGCGACGUCCAGCGGAUCGUGGACGACAUGACCGAGGGGGACGAGGUCUAG